CCUCAUUAUAUAUAGAACCAUAUUUAUAUUCUUAACAAAAACCAUCACCCUUUUUUUCCUCCAUCAUCAAAAUGGAGAAUUCUCAUAGAUUUUUCUCCCUUUUCUUAGUUUUCUUUUCUUGUUUCCUUUCGUUCUCUUAUGGAUAUGAUUUCUAUGUGGGUGGGAAACAAGGGUGGAUUUUGCACCCUUCAGAAGACUAUAAUCAAUGGGCUGGAAGAAACAGGUUCCUUGUCAAUGACAAUCUAAUUUUCAAGUACAAGAAGGGAGCAGAUUCGGUGUUGCUGGUGAACAAAGAUGACUAUAACAGCUGCAACACCAAGAAUCCAGUUCAGAAAAUGGACGAUGGAAAUUCUGUGUUCAAGUUCGAACACUCUGGACCUUUCUACUUCAUCAGUGGAGAAGAUGACAAGUGUAAGCAGGGGCAGAAAUUGAUCGUUGUUGUUUUGCAUAUCAGGCCCGGAGCGGCGCCUCCCAAGUUGCCGCCAGGCCCAGUGGCUAAGCCUCCUGUUGGACCUAAACCAACAGCUCCAGCGCCAGGGGUAUCCCCUGUUUCUCAUUCCCCUGGGGCAAACCCACCUUCUACAUCAUCUUCAUCUCCAGUAGGGACCCCUUCUUCUCAAUCUCCGGUGGCCAAACCACCGUCUACUUCCUCCCCAGGACCGUCAGGUUCUCCGGGAACCUUUCCAGCGCCAGGGAUGUCCCCUGUUUCUCAUGCCCCUGUAGCCAAACCGCCUUCUACAUCAUCCUCACCACCGUCAGGUUCCCCGGUAACAUCUCCGUCUUCUUCAGCACCAGCUAUGCCACCAGGGUCUCUGUCUCAACCUCCUCUAGCUCAAACCCCAGAAGCUGCAUCCCCUGCAGCUUCAACUUCAGCACCGGCAUUGACUCCAGGUUCAUCACUGUCUCCAGUCGCUAACUCUCCAGAAGGGUCCACUUCUGUGCCAGCCACUUCACCAUCCGAGAGUCCAGUUGAGGGAUCAUCUCCGGCAGGGUCUGCACUUUCUCCAUCACGGGAAGGGUCUCAAUCGCCAUCCGGGGAGGUGACAGGUACUCCCGUGUCGCCCAAUUCAUCUGCAAGCGUAGUUCAUUCAAGUAUGAUGGCUUUAGCAGUUAGCAUCAUGCUCAGUUUGGUGGUGAGAAUAUAGCUUAAUUUGUGGGUGUUUUUCGAAGCAUCGAAUAAUUUAGUGGGAAUUUGGGAUUAAUGAAUUUUACGUAUAGGUUUCCAUGGUUAAUUUUUAUGUUCUUUUUAUAAACAAUUUGUGGCCCUUUUUUUUGUUUGGUUAUUAAUUAGUUCCUCUAUUACACAAUUCUUGCCAUAUGGCAAAAUGCAGUGGGAACCUUGAGAAAGUGGGAAACAUUCUAAAUCUUAGAUGUUUCAAAUCUAUCCCCUAAAGAACUCUCUCAGCCACACCUAGUAGUCUCUACAAAUUAAAUCUCAAAACUAGU